AGGGCUAAAGUAUCACGAGCCAGAGUUUUGGAAAUUUGGGGAAGAAGGAAACAAGUACUUCAGGCAUGCUACUGGACAAAUCUAUGCCAUCUCCAAGGACCUUGCUGCCUAUAUCUCUGUCAACUCGGUCAUACUGCAUAGAUAUGCAAAUGAGGAUGUUUCCUUGGGAGCAUGGCUCUUUGGCUUGGAAGUUCAGCAUGUGGAUGACCGCUCCAUGUGUUGUGGAACCCCUCCAGAUUGUUCGUUAAAGUUGCAAGCAGGAAAUGUGUGUGUAGCAACGUUUGAUUGGUCAUGCAGUGGAAUAUGCAAAUCAACGGAGAGGAUGAAAGAUGUGCAUAAUACCUGUGGAGAAGGAGAUGAAGCUAUUUGGACAGCCGAUCUUUAA